UUUUCAAGUUUUACGACCCAGAGCUUCUCAUAGUGCAUGGGAUCAACGAUGAAGAAAAGAGUCAGUCUUUUGACGAUGCGGCAAGACGAUUGGCUAAUUGGUUAUCAUUAAUGAACAACAACCACCAAAUGUUCUUUAUUCCUUGGAAUAUCGGGAUGCAUUGGACGCUAGUGGUGGUUACGCCAAGGAAAAUUAUCCAUUUAAACCCUAUAAGUGGCCGCCCAAUUCCCGAAGUAAUAGAACAAAUGAUCGGAAGGGCAUUCAUGUAUAUAGGGAACGCACAUGACUAUCUUGGCCCGUGGCAAGGAAUUAACCAAGCAAACUGUCCAAGACAACCUAAAAGCCAAGAAUGCGGUUUUUAUGUUUUGAAAUAUAUCACUGACAUCGUCGCACGUGCCAACCCCAACCGUUACAUACAAGAUCAAAAAGCUGUAAGUUUUAAUUAUUGAUUAUAGUAUA